GGCGGCGGCAACCCCGAAGCCCUGCCGGUUCCGAGGACCAAAGGCCCGGGGGAAGCCCGACCUGCCAGAGCGGGGUCCCCUCCUCCCCGGGAGACCUUGGCACGGCCGCCGCCGUCCUAGCCAGCGGUUUGGCGCAGCGGAUGCGCGGGGCGCUCCGGCUCUGCUUGCGCUUGCUGCCUUCCAUCCGCAGGGCGCUCGGACCGGGACGCGCGAGCUGCAGGCGAUGAGCCGGCCCCAAUGAGGGCGCUGGCGGGGAUGGGGAAGAGCCGGGCCCCGGGGCGCCUCUCCGCCGCCCGGACGGCCCGCGGGCCUGAGUCUCUGGGGCAGCAGCAGCCUCGCCCGGCGGCAGCAGCAGCAGCAGCAGCAGCAUGAAGCGGCCGCCGGCGGGGCCUCCCUCCCGGGGCGCCUCGGGCCUCUUCGGAGGGCAGCUCGCAGCGGCGCCGGAGCCGGAGGAUGCGCUCAGCGCGGCCGAGGAGGCGUCCGCGGGGGCCCCGUCCAUCCCAGCGCCGCCUGCGGAGGACGAGGCGUCGGGGGGCUUGCGCGAGUGCCCUUUGUGCCUGCUGCCCCAGCCCGCGGCGGCCUUCCCGGAGCUCUCGUCGUGCGCGCACCUGUCCUGCCUCACCUGCCUGCAGCAGUACCUGCGCAUCGAGAUCAGCGAGAGCCGCGUGCAGGUGGCCUGUCCGCACUGCCCGGCCCCGCUCCAGCCCGCGGAGGUGCACCAGCUGCUGCGCCCGGAGCCGGCCUUGCGCGACAAGUACGAGGAGUACCUGCUCCGCCGCCUGCUCGUCGCCGACCCGGGAACGCGCUGGUGCCCAGCCCCGGAUUGCAGGUGCGCUAGGCCGGCGCGGGGCGGGGCGGCGAGGGUGGGGGUGGGAUAAAGGCCCGAUUGCUCCAGGAAAGGACCCGCUUUGCGCGCCCAAGGGCCCGGUGGCCAAUCCCCGACGGCCCUGGGAGACCCUCCCCUGCCUGACCCCUCUGAGAGAGGGAAGGAGAUGGUGGGGCCACGCCAGAAGUGGCUGCUGAGGAGCUUGCAGUUAUGCGCUUGCCUCCACCAGAGGGCGCUCAAGGCCGCUCGGCUGGGUCUUCCCAGGGAGACCCCCAGAAAGAGCAGGGUCCAAUCCUUGCGUCCAGUCCUUGACCCCUGGAUGCUGGGAAGGCGCCCCUGUACCUGUGGCCCGUCUGUCCAGACUGUUGCGCACAGCCCGCCCGCGCCCCCCAAGUCGGCUCCCUUUGUUUCCCCGCCUGGCGGUGCUGCGACACCCCCUCCAUAGGCGGGCAGGAUUUGGUUUUAGGGAGAUCAGAACUUUUCUUAGAGGGGGCAGAACAAAGGUGAUUGUUCAGUUAGUUAAGUAUUUCUCUUGUUUUACUUGAUAUGGGGGGGAGCUGCUCCCCUUGGCUACGCCAAGCCUCCUUCAGCACCCUUGGGCCCGGGGGUGGGGUGAGGAGGAGCUGUGCUUCCUGCCGGGGAGGCCGCUGGGGGCUCGGACUCCGCCGAAAGGCAGCUCAGUCUGUUCCCAGGAUGGAACUGCGAAGCUGAAAACAGAAAAGUUAUCCCGCUCUCUCCCCGCGCAGUACAUCACACAUUUCCCGUCAAUUAAGAUGAAACACGUGUAGUUCUGAAUUGGAUUGUGGAAGUAUUAAGAUCUAAAGGUCUCGGGAAGGAAGACCGUCCAGGCACAUCAGAAGCGCAGCUGGCCGCGAGCCCCGCCCCCCCCCCAGGGUCGGCCAGGAGCCUCUGGUGCCUGGAGGCCAGAGACCAGAGUUUGGUUAUUCCCGGCUGCAGAAUCGGGGCCCCCAGACUGCAGCAGGCAGCGGCUCCGGGUUAGGCGAGAGCCCGGUCUCAGUAAGGGGCAAAUGUCCCACUGGGCCACUGUGCGGGGAGGACCAGGAAGGGCGAGGCCGGCCUCCCAUUCUGAGCCCCGCUCUCCCUCCCGCUCCCAGCAGUGGCGGACUUGGGGGCGCGCCUGUCGGGCUCCCCUUUCUCUCAAAGCGCCUCUGCUUGCAGCUACGCGGUCAUCGCCUACGGCUGCGCCGAGUGUCCGCGCCUGGUCUGCGCCCGCCCGGACUGCCGCACCGAGUUCUGCUUCCACUGCCGGCAGCCCUGGCACCCCGAGGCCUCGUGCGAGCAGGCCUGGCGAGAAUGGAGCCAGCAAGCGCCCCUGGGCGCCAUGGAGCUCUCCCUGCAGCUGAUCCGGAAGGAGGAAGCCGGGGCGGCGGCGCCGGGGACCGCGCAGGGUGAGUGCAGCCCCCUUCUCGAGGGGGGAGUGGGACGCCGGCAGGCCGCAACCCCAGCAGCCCCCCACAGUGGGAAGGGCAGGGGGCUUCAGGGGGCCCUCUCCCCGCCUAGACGCCCCUCUCUCUGGGCCUGGCCCCCGACUCUCUCUCUCCCCUCGGCCCCCGGGCCGGAGAAGGUCCCGGCCCCGACCUGCCGCCUCUCUCCCCGCAGACAAGGACGCCAUCAAGGUCUGCCCGCGCUGCGGGGCGCUCAUCAUGAAGGUGGACGACGGCAGCUGCAACCGCAUGAACUGCACCAUCUGCGGCUGCCUCUUCUGCUGGCUCUGCCUGCGCGAGAUCACCGACGUCCACUUCCUCAGGUGCGACUGGGGGGCGGGAAGGGGCGGGGGGGGGCGGCCGAAGGAAAGGGCAGAAGAACCAGGCUUGGCCCCUCCGAGUCUGCAGAAGCCGCCUAAGGCUGCCGUCCUCCUCGCCCCGCUUGCCCGGAGGAAGCCCCGUCGAAGCGGACGCAGAAGGGAGGAAGGGAGCUCGGCUAGGUUUGCACGCGCCUCAUAGAAUCCUAGAGUUGGAAGAGACCACAAGGGCCAUCGAGUCCAACCCCCUGCCAAGCAGGAAACACCAUCAGAGCACUCCUGACAUAUGGUUGUCAAGCCUCUGCUUAAAGACCUCCAAAGAAGGAGACUCCACCACACUCCUUGGCAGCAAAUUCCACUGUCGAACAGCUCUUACUGUCAGGAAGUUCUUCCUAAUGUUUAGGUGGAAUCUUCUUUCUUGUAGUUUGGAUCCAUUGCUCCAUGUCUGCUUCUCUGGAGCAGCAGAAAACAACCUUUCUCCCUCCUCUAUGUGACAUCCUUUUCUAUAUUUGAACAUGGCUAUCAUAUCACCCCUUAACCUCCUCUUCUCCAGGCUAAACAUGUCCAGCUCCCUUAGCCGUUCCUCAUAAGGCAUCGUUUCCAGGCCUUUGACCAUUUUGGUUGCCCUCCUCUGGACACGUUCCAGUUUGUCAGUGUCCUUCUUGAACUGUGGUGCCCAGAACUGGACACAGUACUCCAGGUGAGGUCUGACCAGAGCAGAAUACAGUGGCACUAUUACUUCCCUUGAUCUAGAUGCUAUACUCCUAUUGAUGCAGCCCAGAAUUGCAUUGGCUUUUUUAGCUGCCGCGUCACACUGUUGGCUCAUGUCAAGUUUGUGGUCAACCAAGACUCCUAGAUCCUUUUCACAUGUACUGCUCUCAAGCCAGGUGUCACCCAUCUUGUAUUUGUGCCUCUCAUUUUUUUGCCCAAGUGCAAUACUUUACAUUUCUCCCUGUUAAAAUUCAUCUUGUUUGUUUUGGCCCAGUUCUCUAAUCUGUCAAGGUCGUUUUGAAGUGUGAUCCUGUCCUCUGGGCCUCCCUGGGCGUUUGUAGUGAAGCGGUUUGGUCCUGCUGGCCCAGGACCGGGAAAAACUGUCUGCGGACAAAGACCGGCUCCCUGGGCCUGAAAGCGGGAAUGAGCGCCGCACCCCACAGUCGAAUUUGACUGGACUUAACCGUCCAGGGGUCCUUUACCUUCUUUUCAUUUUUUAUACAGUGAAACAUUCCCUCCCUCUCUCCUGCAAAAAUGACAGGACGGAAUGCAACCUAAACCUAAACAGUUUCCCAACCGAGCAGGGAUGCUUUGGAUGCGACGCCUGCAUUGCAGCGGGUUGGACUGGAUGACCCCGGGGAGCCCUUUAGAAUUCGACAGCUCCGUGAUUCUAUGAAACGCAGCCAAGGGUGGCCACGAAGCAAAGUCCCGCCGGAGCAAAAGAUAUUCUGGAGGGGCGGGAGGAUUAUCAGGAGGGAGGGAGGCGAAAAUAAGGCAGGUGGAUGGGUGCCUGUCAAUCACAUGGCAGUCAUUAGGAUGUCACGUGAUGGGCAGGUGAGUUGGGCUGCCCCACCUGUCAAAGAUCCUUGACCCUCCAAUCUUCAAAAUUCAUAGACUCUCAGAAGUGUCGAGUUGGACGGAGCCCCCGAAAGCGAAAUGGGGAGCUGGUGCUGGGCCCCCCUAGAAGAGGCGCUCUGGUGCUCCUGGGGGUGCUCUUCGGCACCCCCUUGCUGACUCCCCCCUUGUCUCCUCCUCCUCCCCAGUCCUUCCGGCUGCACCUUUUGGGGGAAGAAGCGCUGGUCGCGCACGCGGAAGGUCCUGUGGCAGCUGGGGAUGGUGCUGGGCGCCCCGAUGGUGAUUUCGCUGGUGGCGGGGAUCGCCGUGCCCGUCAUCACGCUGGGCAUCCCCAUCUACAUGGGCAAGAAGGUAAGGGGGCCGCGGCUCCCCGGAGGUUGGGCGAGGGUCCCCGUCCUGCUGCGCCGGCCUGAAGGGGCCCCGAGCGAGGAGACCCACUGCCCCUCCGCCGCCUCCUCUCUCCGCCAGGUGCUGAGCCACGGGCGCAAGAGCAAGCUCUCCGGCUGCCAGCAGUGCCUGUCGGUCGCCAGCAGCAUCCUGCUCUCGCUCUUCGUGUCGCCCGUCAUCACCGCCGUCACUGUGGGUAAGGGUCCCCAGGGGGCGCAGAGGGCGCUGCUGCUCAGUGGGCAGAGCACCCGCCUCGCAACCAGAAGGUCCCGGAGGGUCAGUCUCCAGGAAGGGCUGAGAAUCCCCCACCCGGAACCCUGGAGAGCAGUUGCCGCUGCCAGUCAGUUUACAGGGCAUGGAGCUACUGAAUGCAGCUGCUCUUCUUCUUGUUAGACCCAUCAGGACUAGAAUCUUACUUCAUUUUCAUAGAGGAGCUGCCUUGCACGCAGACGGUCCCGAGUCCAGGAGGGGCUGGGAGAGACGCCUUGCCUGGAGCUCGACGGAGGCGGCUUUCUCUGCUGCUGGGCCGCGCCUCACGCCAGCCUCUCUGCCCGCAGGCGUCGGGGUGCCCCUGAUGCUCACCUACGUCUACGGGGUCGUGGUGCUCUCGCUGUGCCGAAACCGCCGGGGCUGCGGAGGCGCCCGCAGGAAGGGCGGGGAGCUCAGCGCCGUCGAGCUGGAGAACCUGGCCAAACGUACGUGAGUCCUGGGCGGCCUGGCCCGGAAGCCCCUCUCCCUCCGCCAAGGCUGGGCGGAGAGCUCUCAAUCGGUAGGGAGGGGGGCUGCGGGAUAGACGGGGCUUUUGGGGCAGAGACCCUCUGCCGGUCAUCCUUGUCUCCGGGCCGGGCGUCUGCCUGCAGGUGCCAACCGGACUAGGAACAUUUUCAUUUGGUUGUGCAUUUGUCUGCUGCUUUUGCUGUAGUGCCAUUACUAAAGCCAGCCGGAGAACUUUUGAUUUAAGUUGCCAUAUAAAUCAGCCGACCGUCACCUCCGAGCAAAUCCCCUCUCUCCCUCCCUCUGCCUGUUGCAGUGAACGAGCUGCUGGCCGCGCUGCCCACGCCGAUGGGGGCUGAGGGAGGGGGCUCCGCCGCCGCCGCCGCCGCUGCCGCCAUGGCUGCCCCCUUCCUGCCCAGCCGGAGCAGCGGGCAGCUGGAGGAGUCCUGCCCGAAGGGCCCGGAGAGCCCGUGGAACGAGGACGCAGCUCAGGCCACUUCCCGCAGGUCAGUCCAGGGGGCGGGGGCAGUGCGGUCUAGUGGCUAGAGCGCCGGGCCCAAGCUACCUGACAGGGUUGUUCUGGAUCUAAAAUGCGGCGGGGAGAACCAUCUGAGCCACCUUGAGCGCCUUAGAGGGGAAACGCGGGGUAGAAGUGUCAUUAUUAUAAAAUUAUGCCCCCGGCUUUUUUUACGCCACUACCGCCAGUGACACAGGUCUCUGCCCCGCGCAGGGACGGGCAGAACAGGAUGGAGGUGGCGGUGGAGGUGGAGACGGAGCCUCCGGCCGCCCACGAGCACAGCCUCUGCAGCGCCGCGUCGGGCCAAAGCUUCUCCACGGAUUCGCUCACCUACACCAGCGACGGCUGCAGUUUGGCCGGAGUGACGACGGAGUGACGCCGCUUCCCCGGAUAGCCGCGCGCGCCCAGGUCGCCGCCUGCUGCUGCUGCUGCUGCAAAGGCGGACUCGCCCGCCGCCCCCACCGGACUGGCCAGCGCAGACGCCCCCCAUCCACCCCCCUGCCUGCCUGCCUGCGCACCUUCUGCACUUGUGCCCCCCCCCUCACCCGUCAACGACUUCAGGCUCUGGACUUUGGUGCUUUGAGGCAAUAAAUUUGCAGCUCACAGAGAAGCCGGCCUCUUCUUUCCUCCCCAAGGGGCGAAGGAGCAGCGCCUCCUCUCUCCAGGGACCCGGAAGAAGCCUGCGCCCCCCUCCCCUCGAGGACCCUGCAGAGCACAGCUGGGGGGGGGAGCUGGUCAGUCAGGG